AACCCUUAACGUCCUCCAAUAUUCUAACUAUAUUUCACAUAAAAACAUAUAUGCAUACGUCUUCCAUAGAUAUGAGAGAUUUUGUUUUCCCAGAAACUUAUAAUUUGAAUGUGUUCACUGUUGAUCGUUUCUUGUGGGUUUCAUUAUUCAUGUGCGGUUGAGCAGUUCUUCAAAAUGGUUUCUGGAAAGUCCCUUUUCAUAUCUGCCGAGGCUUCAUUAUUUUGAAGCUUUUCUUUCUUCUUGGAAUAAUGAUGAUGAAUCAAAUUGAAUAAAAACACUUGGGUCACUUGUUCUGUUUCUUAAUACUCGGAGUUUUGCUCUUGCAGAAAUUCUAAUAUUUUUACAGUUAUAUUAGUUUUCUCUGUCUAGAAGAAAAUGGGAAGGUUCCCCCUCUUUGCGUUAUUCAGGGAAGCAAAGAAUGUUUUCACAAAGGAUGAACUAGGCCUUGAAAUAGCACAUAUUGCUAUUCCCUCGGCUCUGGCCUUAACAGCAGACCCUAUUGCUUCUCUAAUAGACACAGCUUUCAUAGGCCACAUAGGUCCUGUUGAGCUAGCUGCAGUGGGAAUAUCAAUAGCUAUCUUCAACCAAGCAUCAAAAAUAGCCAUUUUCCCUCUUGUCAGUAUCACAACAUCUUUUGUUGCUGAAGAAGAAGCAGCCCAAAAAUCGUUUGAUGACAUUGAAGAACCAGGACAUGGAGAACUCAGAAAAGAUCUGGCUCUCAACAAUAAUGGACAUGAAAUGGAAGAACUUGUAUCUCUAAUAGAUAAACUCGACUCAGCCUCCUCAUCUUCAUCUAUAACCAGUGAUCAAUCAGACAUGAUCAUGCUUGAGCAUGUCAGAAGGCAUAUCCCAUCAGCUUCAUCGGCUAUGGUUAUCGGUAGCAUGCUUGGGCUAAUCCAAGCUUUGUUCCUUAUUUUAGCAGCUAAACGAAUAUUGAAUUACAUGGGAGUUGAUUCUAAUUCUCCUAUGCAAAAACCAGCAAUGCAAUACUUAACUUUGAGAUCACUUGGUGCCCCAGCUGUUCUUCUCUCUUUAGCUAUGCAAGGAGUUUUCCGUGGAUUAAAAGAUACCAAGACUCCUCUUUAUGCUACAAUGAUUGGAGAUGCAGCAAACAUCAUUUUAGACCCCAUAUUCAUCUUCUUCUUGAAAUGGGGUAUUAGUGGUGCAGCCGUUGCCCAUGUUAUUUCACAGUACUUAAUCUCUCUGAUACUCUUGUGGAGAUUGAUGAAAAUAGUCAAUCUUGUACCACCAAGUAUAAAAGAUAUUCAAUUUAGCCGAUUUCUAAAAAAUGGAUUUUUCUUACUGGUGAGGGUCAUUGCUGCAACAUUCUGUGUAACCCUGGCAGCAUCGUUGGCUGCAAGGCAUGGCUCGACGACAAUGGCUGCAUUCCAAGUCUGCUUACAGGUUUGGAUGGCUACAUCUUUGGUGGCCGAUGGCUUGGCCGUGGCUGGACAGGCAAUUCUUGCAAGUGCUUUUGCGAAGGAGGACUACAACAAAGUCACUGCCACUGUUUCUCGUGUACUUCAGUUAGGCCUGGUUUUAGGACUAUUUCUCUCAUUCUUCAUCACAAUCGUACUCAAGCUCUCUUCCAAAUUGUUCACAAAAGACCCCCAUGUGUUGGACUUGAUGAGUUUAGGCAUCCCAUUUGUUGCAGUGACUCAACCCAUUAAUGCCUUGGCAUUUGUUUUUGAUGGGAUCAAUUAUGGAGCAUCAGAUUUUGCAUAUUCAGCUUACUCAAUGGUUUUUGUUGCUAUAGUAAGCAUAUGGUGCUUAUUUGUACUGUCAUCAAGUUAUGGCUUUGUUGGUAUCUGGAUUGCUUUGUCUUUGUACAUGACUUUGCGCACAUUUGUUGGCUUUUGGAGGGUAGGAACAGGAACAGGGCCCUGGAGAUUUCUCAGAGACUAAUUUUGGUUGCUUUAGAUGUGAACAUAAUUUCAUUGUAGUACUUUUUUUCUUCCUUUUUUGAGGUAGUUUAAUGUGUUAUAAAACAAGCAGAAUGAAGAGGAAAUAGAUACGAGGAAACAUUAAUACAUGUAUUCAUAAUUCAUUGUAUUUCUUAAUAAAAACGUAGCUGUUUAAUCAUUAAUGUGUUAU